AUGGCGGACUACCGUGAGCCUCUCCUUUCCUUGCAGCCAAAGUUGGAGGUGCCCAAGCCGAGGCCGGAGGCCCGAACUGUACUUCAGGCGAUAACCUCCUACCUGGAUGCUGCUUUCACCGUGACAGAGAGGGGCAGCACGGUUGGCCAAGAAUUGCGAGCUGGUCUCGUAACCUGGGUCACCAUGAGCUACAUUGUGGUUGUGAAUCCCAUCAUUCUCAGCGCCAAAUUUGCAGAUGGAAGUUCCCCGAUUCCUUUUCAUGCUGCCUGCAGGGCGACCUGCUUGUCAGCAGCUUUUGCCUGUGCCUUCGUAGGACUUGCUGCAAAUCUUCCUUUUGGAUUGGCUGCAGGUAUGGGGCUGAACUCCUAUGUGCGAUAUGGCAUCAUUGAAAGACUUGGCCUCGGUGCCGAAGGGGCCUUGGCCGCGUGCUUUGUACAGGCAGUUGCCUUUGCUAUGCUGGCUGCCAGCGGAGCAGUCGACAGAGUUCAGGGAGCCUUGCCCUCCGCCCUCAAGUCCUCCAUCACGGUGGCCAUUGGGGUUUUUCAGGCCUUUGUGGGCCUUCAGCUUAUGGGCUUGGUGGUCAAGAACGACACCACGCUGGUGGCGCUUGGAGACCUCUCGCAGCCAAACUUGUGGCUCGCCUUCACCGCCACCCUUCUGGUGGCGGGGCUCCUGAUCAGGAAAGUUACUGGCGCCUUGCUUCUAGGCAUUUGCUUCACAGCUGUGGCCUCGCAGCUACUUGGCUUGCCGAACCCGAACCAGCCUGCCGCCGGCCUUUCCGCUGGUGCAGAUCUGCCGCAGAUCUUCGACCUGGAUUUCUCCCCCAUGUUUGAGAAGCCCCAGGAGUUCGGUACUGCUGUGCUUUGCCUGCUCUUCAUCGUAGUCUUCGACACCGCUGGAGUCCAGCAUGGCAUCGGGCAGCAGGCCGGCCUGCUCGACAGCAGGGGCUAUUUGCCGGGAGCAAAGUACGGCUAUCUGGGGAGUGCCUUUAGCACUGGCCUGGGUGCAGUCAUGGGCACCAGCCCCGUCAUCAUCCAUAACGAGACUGCUGCGGGAGUCCAAGAGGGUGGUCGCACAGGGUUGUGCGCCAUGACGACGGCAGUUCUGUUCCUGCUCUCCCCAGCAUUGGUGCCCGUGAUCGAGCUUAUCCCUCCAGAGGCGACAGCACCUUGCCUGGUCUUGGUGGGAAGCAUGAUGAUGGGUCCAGUGAGAGAUAUUGACUUCGGCGAUCUGCGCCUGGCUUUGCCGGCCUUCCUGACAAUCUGCAUCACUCCCCUGGCGUACUCCAUCUCUGCGGGAAUUUUCGUGGGCAUUGCGUCUUACUACGUGCUGGGCUUGGUCCUCUGGUUCGCCGAGGUUGCAGCCCGAGGUGGAAAGAUUCCAUGCUCCAGGGCCACCGUGCCUCCCAUGAACGCCGAGGAUGACGAGGAGCUUAUUCCAGAGGCCUAA